UGCAGCGCAUAUAUUGAUCAGCGCAGUCUCGCACAUACGCUCAAACGCAACCUUCACUAUGAUUGAAGAUUUGAUGAACCUGCGAUGGGGUAUCCCUGUUAAUGCAUUUACUGUCCCCGUUUUUUCUAUCGCGGUGCUGUGGAUUGGAUGGAGGAUAUGGACUUUUACCAUCAGGCCAUGGCUGCGACCUCAAGAUCCUGUCGUGCUUCCCUACUGGAUACCUUUUCUGGGUCACAGCUUUGCGUUCUUCGGGAACUCAGAUGAGCUUCUCGAACGAGGCCUAGAUUAUGUUGGAAGAAGCAACGAGAUUUUCGGUAUCCAGACGUUGAAACGGCAGCUAUACAUCAUUACAAACCCUCCCGAAGUGUCGAUUGCGUUCAACGACAACACCGCAUUGCAUUUCGAUGGACACUUGAACGAGCUUCUGGAGAACUUUGGCUUCAGUAAAGAGGGAUUGAGGCUAUCAUGGCAUAUUCCAAAACCGGGAGACUGGUGCUACCUCCCUGGCAACGAAAUCAAUCCGGAGCUGGCCUCUUUGAAUCGCUUUACAGAAGACAUGUACCGCAAGCAGCUCUUACCAGGAGAAAAGAUGGACGUCAUGUCCAGAGUUUUCAUGCGAUCCGUAUUCGACACGCUCCAAUGGGACAAACUCGAUUUCUGCACAGUAGAAAGCACGGAAAAGGGGAAGUUGCUUUCGCUCCGGGAACUUUGCAGAUACACGCUGGUCGAAGGUGCGACGCAAACUAUGUUUGGAAGCCAUCUCCACAAAAUCGAACCCCGCAUCGUCGAGUACAUGCUUCGGUAUAACGACAAUGCAUGGAUGGUGUUUUUCCAGUACCCCGAUUUUUUCGGGAACUCCCCAAUCACCGAACCUCGACGGGUCAUUACCGAAACCCUGGAAAAGUUUAUCGAGAUGCCAGAUGAAGAGCGUCACGAGCAGGCUUGGUCCAUCAAGAAUAUUCUGGCGUGGCAGAAAGUCAUGAAUAUUGAUCUGCGUGCCAGGGCAUCGGUGCUCCUGAUGGUGUACUGGGCUGCAAACUCCAACGAAUACAACAUAUCUUUCUGGGUGCUUGCUCAUCUCCUACAUAAUCCAGAACUGCUCCGUAUGGUGAAGGAAGAGACUGAAGCGGCGUGGAUCGACGGCGUGCUGGACAUAAAGCUCCUUCGCACUAAUUCGCCCAAUCUCGAAGCCAUUUUUAACGAAGCGCUCCGAUUGAACGGCGGGGCAAUGGUAAGCCGCAUUGUCAGGGAACCAAUCACUCUGGGUGGCAAGCAGCUGAAGCCAGGAAACGCUAUCAUUAUUCCAGCUCGCCAGUUGCACAAGAAUGAAAAGGUUUGGGGACAAAAUUCUGGAGAUUUCGAUGCUUUUAGGUUCAAGAAGCACAAAGCGCUCUCUCGCCAUGCUUCAUAUCGGCCAUUUGGGGGCGGAAAAACCUACUGUCCCGGUCGAGUAUUGGCCAAAGAAGAGGUGUAUGGUUUUUUGGCCACCCUGUUUCAUCGUUUUGAUCUGAAAAUGGCCGAGGGGAAGGGUCCAGGUGGUGGGAAGCAGGUGUUUCCAAGCUUGGACGACAGCUCACCGGCUUUGGGUAUCACAGGGCCUGUCAAAUCGCAUGAUGUUCUGAUCUCCGCAACGCAGAGGGUAGUAUGA